GUUAAUUGGCUUAAUUAUCGCCAAAGGACGGCCUCUUUAUACCUCUCCUAAAUUAUUUUCAUUUUCAUAUACCUUCUAACAAAUCCUUAAAUUUUCAAAUAAGCAGUUGACUUUGGAACACGAAAUUAAACGAAACAGAAGUGGAAUAAUUCAUUUAAAUCGAGCAAUUUCAUAUUUUUCAGCGACACGUGAUCAAUAUUAAAGAUGUUGUUCUCAAACGCACCUAUUGUUCAUCAUUAUCCACUAGGAUUUAAUCAUCAUGGAACAUGUUUUUGGUCUUUAAUGUGUCAUAAUUGGUUAAUUGAACACAAUUAUCAUAAUGGACAAUUAUUGGCAAUAAAGGACAAUGAGGAAAAUGUGGAAUGUGUUGAUCGUGAAAUAAACGAAUUAACUAACAGUGAUAAUAGUAACGAACUAAGGAACAACAAUAACGAGAUAAGUAACGGUGAUAAUAGUAACGAGUUUAAUAACUUUAACGAGAAUAAUGAAUUAAUUAACAAUGACAACAGUAACGAGUUACAUAAUAAUGACAUUGAAAGUUGUAUUAGUGAUUGUAAUUCAUCAAUUGAUUCAAUGGCCGCUGAAAAUAUGCCAAUAAUGGGAUAUUAUUUAACAAGAAGCAAAAGUAAAUGGAUUAAUAUUUUUCAUUUUCCAAAUAAUCCAAAAAAUGUUAAAAUACUCAGAUUAGGUGGUUAUACAUGUAAAAGGCAAGUUUAUUCCGAAGUAUUUUUUAAUAAAUUAUCAUGGGAUCGUUUAUUUAAAGUGAGAAUGUCAAUAUUUCAAGUUCUUGAAAAAAAAUCAAAAUGUGAAUUUUAUGUACAUUAUUUGGAUUAUAAUUUUAGUGUUGAAUUACAUAUUUACACGGUUGAUAAAAGAAAAGAUAAAAUGUUGUGUUUCAUUCAAAAUCAAGAUAAAUUUUACAUGAAAAGAGAAACUUUCAUUAAUUUAUUGUCACAUAAUGAAUGGGUGAGUAAUAAUUUGCCCGCUGAAUUAGAAUAUUAAUUUGUCAUAAAAAAUAGAUAUAUUUUACAUAACUGUGAUUUUGAUGUAUUUUUUUUAUAUGUAUAUAUGUGACUAUUUUUAUAAUGUAUAUAAUUAUUUGUAUGUAAUUUUUUUUUUUUGUUGAAUUCAUGUAAAUAUUUUUGUUAUAUUUUUAUGUACAUACGCUAGAUUGAUUAAUAAAUUAAUUAUUAAUCCUUUAA